AUGCGGCGAUCAGGCGUGCGCGGUCCCGAGCCAGCGCACUCGCCGCUGGUCGGCGUUGAGUGCGACAGCCUUCUCCGAGUCUGCUAUCCUUCGCUCAAGCGCCUCGAUCCGCUGCUGCAAGAUAUCGCAGGCGCGGCUCUGCGACGCAACGCUGUAUUUUCUACCCGGUACGGGGCGGCGUGGUGGCGGGCGCAUUGGGCGCAGCUGAACGUCGGGCAGUGGCUCGGCGUCGUCGAGCCGUGCUGCCUCUGCGGGCGGCCCGGGUCGGCGGGCGAGUUGUGGCGGGCGGGCGCGUGGCGGUGGGCUAACUCGACAGGCCGCUGCGCGGCGCCCUAUCUCGCCACCACUGACGAUCGGUGGGGGGUGCCUGGCCUGCGCCAGGCAUACGUCGCGCAUGGCAUGUGCGGCGGGCUCUGCCAAGGAUGGGGCUGCUGCGAGGCGCGGGGCGUGGCGCAGCCGCAGGAUGGGAGCGGCGAGGCGCGAGGCGAGGGCGAGGGCGAGGGCGAGCUAAGCUCGGACGGCGACUCGGACCGGUCUGCGGGAGACCCUGUGUGGGGCUCGGCGGCGCUGGAGGACGAGUGGCGCGCCGCGUCUCUCGCGAGGCAGGCGGUAGGCGACGCGGCGUACGCCGCGGCGCAUGCUGCUGGCGCUUCGCGGGCUGAGGCGUGCGACGCCGCCGUGAGGGCGGUGAGGUUGGACGAGGUUGAGGCUCAGUCCUCGUUCCUCGUGCGCGCUGGGUGUUAUCCGCUGCUGCUGCUGGCGCGGCGCGGCUCUGCGACUGGGCUCGACGAGCGCGUCGCGUGCAUCUGA